AUGGAGAUCGAGGAGGAGCAGUCUCCUCUCCAGCACCAGCAGCGGCGCCCCGGAACAAUGGCAGCGGCAAUGGCGGCGUGGCUGGUGGAGGCGCGCGAUGGUUCGUUGAGCCUCAGCGAAGAUGCGCUGGCGUUCGCCAUUGCGGAGUGGCGUAUGAGCGGCGCGACGAAAUCGGCGCGCAUCCACCUUGUGCACGUGCUUACGCACAUCUCCGUCGAUCGCGACAUGAUGCGGCUGCCCAUCAGCGAGGUCAGCCCGAUGACGGCGGACACGCACGAGAAGAACAUGCGCGCGCUGCUGCUCGACCCGCUCGUCAAGUUCGCGCGCACCAACGAGGCGGAGGUGGACAUCAUCGUCGCGGAGGUGGACAUCAUCGUCGCGGACGUGGACAUCAUCGUCGUGCGCAACGACGACCGCAAGGCGGGGCUGCUGGAGAUCGCCAAGCAGCUCUCGCCGCACCGCGUAUUCGUCUCCGCCAAGCCCAGCAUGUUCGGAAAGCGGUCCGCCAUAGCGAUCAUCGACGCCUUAUCCGGGCCGUUUUUCGCGGCGCAUCUCCCGGACAACGCGCGGCUCGUCGCGCUGCAGGGCAAGAAGGUUCUUAAAGACAUUACCAUCGGCAGCCCCGGAUCCUGCGCCGCGUCUCCCGUUGUGGACUUGCCGCGCGGGAAUGCUGCUGCUGCGGGGGAUGCGCACUAUGUCUCCGCGCCCCAAACCCCCCCGCGGGGGUUUCUCUCCUCAGCAGGCUCGCGCAAGUACUCCCCCCCGGCGGAGCGCGGACAGCGCGCCGAUUCCACCUCCCCGCCCGCGUCCUCCGCAUCCCACGGUGCUACUAACGGCGCUGCCGCUGCGAGCGCUGCUUCUCCGCAUCUCGCGCCGUCGUCGUCCGGAUCGGGCGCGUUGAGCGCCAAGCUGACGUCAUUCUGGCGCACGAGCUCGCAAGACUUGUCGGGUCCGCAGACCGAGCCCUUGGAAUCGCCAUCCGCCCGUGUGCCGUCCGUUUCGUCCGUUGAAAGCAACCGCAGCUUCAAGCAGCGCCCUCCGUCGCCGGGCUACUUCGAGACAUCGCGCAGCAGCAAGUGGGGAGAGAAAGCGUCGCACAGCGAAAAGUGGGAGAUCUCGUCGCACAGCAACAAGGGGGGGAGGAAAUCGUCGGCGGGCGGAGCCGUCGCGCAGAAGAAUGCGACGCCCCUGAAGCCGGGAAUCGUGGUGGACGGGCGCGGGAGCGCAGAGGCGGACUGGGGCGCGGGCGCGGUGGCGGAGGCGGAAGGGCUGGAGGUGACUCUAGUGGAGGGGGAGACUCCGCGGUCGCGCGGGGGCGCGCGGGGCGGAGCCUCGAUGCCCUCCCGCCGAUGCUCGGAGGACGGCAAGGCGGCGGACGCGGAGCACGCGGAUGCAUUCGACGGUCCGUUCGACGGACGCAGCAGCACCACCGGUAGUCUCGUCGCGACGCGACCGCCGCACAGGAACGCGCUCCCCUCUCUUCCCUCGAUUUCAUCGCAGCCCGGCUGUCUGCAUCUGGACGCUGGCACGGUCGCGGGAGCCACGGGGAAUUUCAGCGACCGCCUCUGCCUCAUGCCGCGCCACCCGCUCGUGCGCGCUUAUAACGGGUACAUGGGCGGGAUCCAGAUCGUCGCCGCGCAGAUGAACGGCCCGGAUUGGCUCUCGGGCCCGGCAGAUCCCGAGUCUGCUUCGUCUGCUCCGUCUCCCUUUGAGGCUGCCGCGCAGCGGUUCAUUGCGCCACUAGAGCACGCGCACAUCUGCCCCCUGCUCGGCUGCUCCCCGUCGCUCCGCUGCCUCGUCUACCCGCGCCCACCUGGCAGCACCUCAUUGGCCACUCGCCUCGCCUGCUGCGGCGCUGGCGGCGGCGGCUCUGGCGGUGCUAUGAGUCGAACGAGCAGCAGCGGGAGUCUGGUGCAUAGGAGCAGCAGUGCGGGCAGUUUCAAUAGUCCGGAUAGUAGCACAAGUGAGAGGUUUGUGGAGGGGAGUGCGGGAAAUGGCCUGGUUGGGACCAGGAGUCUGGGCGGUGGGUCUCUCAGGCCGCUGAGUUGGCAGACCCGGCUGAAAAUCGUGACUCAUACGUGCCGCGCGCUGACGUGGCUGCACCAGGAGUCGCCGCCUAUCGCGGCGGGGUGCCUGGGAGUGGAGACCGUGCUGUUGACUCGCGAUGACUCGUGCAAGCUGCUGCUGGCGGGUGUGGCUGCGCUUGCAGCGGACCCGGGGAAAAUGUCUGAGAAGUUGAAUAGAGAGAUGGGUAUGGAGGGGUAUAUUUGUUUGGCAGAGGAUGGGGGAGAGAGGAAGGGAAGGGAAGGGCUUGGAGUGGGCUGGAAUGAGGGUGGGAAAGAGAAUGGGAAGGGGCAGAGUGGAGGAGCAGAGGCAGGGGAUGUGUUUGCUUUUGGGUUGCUAAUACUGCAUCUGCUUACAGGGUGGGUCGACGGUGGGGCGGUUCGACAGCUUCUAGCUGCUUGCUGGGCGGCGGCAGACAUCCACCGGGCGGUAGAGGUGGUGGCGCGGGCGGCACGCCAGUCGUGUCAGAUGCAGCCGUGCUGUGAUUGGCCAGAUGGGGUGCUUUACUCCCUGGCAAUGGUUGCACUGGAGUGUGCUGAGGAAUGUCAGGAGUGGAGACCGGUGCUGGUGGGUUGUGUGAUGGAUCAGGUGCUGGAAAUUGAGGCUGAUGCUCAAGAGGGCUUUGGCUAUCACCCCUCCCCGGCAGGAUCACCUCCCGCCACGCCACCUUAUCCCUCCCCCCUCCGUGGCUCCUUUAUCCACUUCCGCCCCUGCUCUCCCCAUCCCUCUCCGCCCUCCUUCCUCGUUAUUAUCACCCCUCUCCCGAUCGCCUGCUGCGACCUUAUCCCUCCCCCCUCCGUGGCUCCUUUAUCCACUUCCGCCCCUGCGCCCCCCAUCCCUCUCCGCCCUCCUUCCGCGCGCCCCUUCUGCACUGCGUGGAGGAGUGGCGGCAAGCGGGGGGGGGAGGGGGGGAAAUGCGUGU